AACCGGCUACCAGGCGGUUCGAUCUUGUGGCCAGCAGACUUCUUGACACUGAGCUCAGCUGAGGAAGAGGACAAGAAAGAGGCCAUGGAGCACAGUCACAUGUUCCUUGUUUUUUCCCCAAAUGGGAGCACAGGGCAGAAUCCCACUGAGGUUGCCCAGGGAUGCCCCCUCGGACCGCUACCUGUCAUCUACUACAGUGUCCUGCUCUGUCUUGGCCUACCAGCUAACAUCCUAACAGUGGUUAUCCUGUCCCAGCUGGUGCUGCGUCGUCAGAAGUCCUCCUACAAUUAUCUCCUGGCUCUGGCCGCCGCCGACAUUCUCGUUCUUCUCCUCAUUGUUUUUGUUGACUUCAUAUUGGAGGAUUUUAUUCUGGCAACGCCGCUGCCUCCAUCAUUAAAUAAUGCAGUGCAGGUGCUGGAGUUUUCCUCCAUUCACACCUCCAUAUGGAUCACCGUCCCUCUCACCAUUGAUCGUUACAUCGCUGUUUGCCACCCUCUGCGCUACCACACGGUCUCCUACCCAGCUCGCACACGCAGAGUGAUAUUUGCCGUCUACGUUGGGUGCUUGCUCUCUGCAGCUCCCUACUACUGGUGGCCUGAGCUUUGGCACAGCCUUCCCGGAAUGGGCAGUACUGAUGGAGGAGGGGGAGGAGGAGGAGAGGGCAACAGAAGAACAGUGGCCCAGCACGUCCUGGUGUGGGCCCACUGUGCCACAGUCUACCUCCUCCCCUGCACGGUCUUCUUCUCCCUCAACGCUGGCAUUGUGCGUAAGCUGCGCAGACGCCGUAGCUGUUUCCGUCUUCGUGGGUAUUCAACUGGCAAGACCACCGCCAUCCUCCUCGCAAUCACCUCCAUUUUUGCUGUUUUGUGGGCACCACGCACCCUAAUGAUCCUCUACCACUUCUAUUCGUCUCCCCCGGCCUCACAAACAGCCAGCCGCCUGCUCCACGUGCUCACAGAUCUGGCGAACAUGCUAGCAUUGCUCAACACCGGUAUCAACUUCUUCCUUUAUUGCUUCAUUAGCAAGCGUUUCCGGAGCAUGGCGGCCAACGUGCUGCGGGCCCUGGUCCACUGCCAGAAGCAGCCACCGCCAUUCUACGCCAGCCACAACUUCUCCAUCACAAGCAGUCCCUGGAUCUCACCAGCCAACUCCCACUGCAUCAAGAUGUUGGUGUAUCAGUAUGACAAAAACGGGAAGCCCAUCUGUAUUUCCUCUUGA